AUGGCAGCAGCUGCCCCAGUCGAACCCUGCACCCACAGCACCCCUGCACCCCACGAAGAUACACACACCUGUUGACCCAAGUGUCGGAAAAGAUGAGCAUGAUGAAGCUGAGUCUUCUCAUCAUGACCCUGGCGGUCGCGGCCACCGCCUGGAUGGUCCAGAAUGACGGCUGUUUACCGGACUGUACUGGGAAAACUGCCGGAGAUUAUGUCCCCGACCCCCUGAACUGUACCAACUUUUACAUCUGCUUGGCCGACAACAUGCCUACGAACCACGCUGUGCCCUGCCCAGCCGGUGAAAUUUUUAACCCAGAGACAUUACUGUGUGAAGCAGGUCUGAAUUGUGUACCUGUCUGUCAGCCUCCAAACUGUCAUAUUACCUGCAACGGCUCCUUCAGCUUGAUCAGUGAUCCGUUCAACUGUGGUGUAUACCAUAUUUGUAUUGCUGGGCAAGUGACAGCCACAGUUCACUGUGAGGCAGAUAACCCCUUCUUCAACGGUGAGAACUGUGUCAAUGACAAGGACGUUUGUUGCACAGUCUCGUGUGUUCCUUACUGUCAGCCAGGGAUCGUGCAGGCCCCAGACCCCACAGACUGCACCAAGUACUACAUAUGCGUUGAGGAGGGACCAGUGGACUCAAGCCUGCACUUUCCUUGUGAUAGCGGACAAUACUUUGACUACCAAACUGGUCGAUGUCUCUCAGGUACUUCCUGUACCAACUUGUGCUCUGGAGAACAGUCUACAACCACAACAACAACAACAACAACUCCACACACCGUUCCACCAAGCACCGACUGUGUGGAGUCGCUUACCUGCGAGGGUUCAGGCAACUUCGCCAAGUGCAGCUCUUGUCAGCAGGAAUAUUUCCAUUGUACGGCUGGUGGUGCUCAAGGUAUCCUUAGUAAGUGCUCGGAAAACUUAGUGUUCAACCCCGACCCUGACUACCCCUUCUGUAUUCUCCCAUCCACCUGUCCUUAUCACCCUAAUUAAGAGGUAUUCCUGUUUCUCUUCUUGUCGUACCUGUACCCUGUUAGUCCUGCCUCUACGACCUGUAACAUUCUAACCUGCUCCUACACCCAUCACUGGCUCUGGCAUCCUUUUGGCUUGCUUCCACCGCCACCGUUCUGCCAAACAACCCUCCAUGCAAACACUGGUUUGAUUGGUGUUGAGAGUUAAGCAUAGCAAACUGAAGGGUUAAUAUUAAGGCCACAAAUACUGACCUACCACCAAGAAUUCUCAGCCCGUCCUCCUGUUAUAGUAGUUAUAGUAACUAUGAGGACCAUAGUAUAUAUACAGCGAUGAACAACGACAUUUUAACGUAAAAAUCGGUACUAUUGAGUUGGACAAACCGGAAAACUAUUUAUUACAUGUGUUGGUUUGACAAACUAAACUAACCAAACCUUCCAAGGCCUAAUACACGAUAUCUGAGGCCUAAUAUAGUACAUAUGUGUGCUAUACUAGGCCUAGGAAUAUUUAAGUUUGUUUUACCUUAAUUUUUAAAAGAAUUCCUUACUAGUCAGUAUACCCCUACUAUCUAACAACUAAGUACGUAUGAUUCCGUGACUAUUGACAACCGUCACAAUAGAUACCAUCUUAACAGGAGGAUGGGUUGAGAAUUUUUCAGAUCUGGACAUAAAUCAGACCCAAUGUAAACUCAAGUGUAUAUAUAUACACCGAGAAUCAAAGUAUACCCUUCGUUGUAUAGCGCCAUAUGGAAUAGAUUAUCCUAAUCUGCAUUAAAAACGAACCCAUCAAGGACAUUCAGGUAAAAACCAGACCGUGGAAGGAGGAUCUGUGAAACGAAUUGAAGAUUUCCGCGUAAUAAUAUAUUGCUGAAAUGUAACAACACUAAUCAAAACUACAACACUAAGGAGAGAUUAAAGCUGCGAACUCAA